CCUCCGGAGGCGGCCCCGGCCGUGGGGAGCUGGGGGCGCUGCUGACUCGCCGGGGCUGCUUCAGUGCCUGGUUCGGGGUUAAGCGCAGGGGAGACUCGCGAGCCCCAGCCGAGCCACCGGAGCUGGCGGCGGCCCCCCUCCCUCUCCGCCCCGGUCAAUGGACCCUCGGAGCGCCGCCGUGCAGCUCCGGGCUCCGAGAGCGCCUUGCCCCGCCGAGCAGCCCCUCUGCGUGGCGUGAGUGCAUGAAGCAGUGAUGGGCAACACGGUGCACAAGACCCUGGCAGACACCAGUCAACAGGCUCGCUCUGUAUCCCACAGGCCUUAUUACACACUGCCCAACAGUAGCCAUGAGAGGCGGUCUGUCCUCACCAUUACUGAACCUCCGCGAUUCCAUUUCCAGGCCAAAGGAAAAAACAUACGCCUGGAUGCCCAUUCCCGCAAAGCCACUCGGAGGAACAGUUUCUGCAACGGCGUCACUUUCACCAACCGGCCCAUCCACCUCUACGAGAAAGUGCGUCUCAAGCUGGUGUCUGUGCACCACGGGUGGAGCGGGGCCCUGCGCUUUGGCUUCACCACUCACGAUCCAUCGCAGAUGAGCGCAGACGACAUACCAAAAUACGCUUGCCCAGACCUGGUGACGCGGCCAGGCUUCUGGGCUAAAGCCCUGCCAGAGAGAUUUGCACUAAGAGACAACAUCUUGGCGUUCUGGGUCGACCGCCAUGGGAGAGUUUUCUAUAGCGUUAAUGACGAAGAGCCGAUUCUGUUUCACUGUGGCGUCAAAGUCUCCGGGCCUCUCUGGGCACUGAUAGAUGUCUAUGGAAUCACUCAUGAAGUGCAAAUACUAGACAGCAUGUUUGCCGAGACGAUGACCUCCACCCGUCUCAGCAACGCACGACUCAGCACUUGCCUUCCACAGAGCAGCCACGACUCAGCCAACUUCAACAACAACGAACUGGAGAACAACCAGGUGGUGGCCAAAAUUGCUAAUCUGAACUUGAGUCGUAUGCCUGUGCUGCCGACAGAUAAUCACACCAUCCCUUGCUGUCCAAGCAGGCGGCAGCUUGCCCAAGUGGUGCCUGCCUUUCUCGAUACAGAUCUGCGUUUCCACCCUACUCGUGGGCCCGACAUUAACUUUUCUCAGGACCGGAUGUCUGCCUGCACCAACUGGCAAGAGAGCAAUAGGACUUUGGUGUUUUCCGACCGGCCUUUGCACAUUGGCGAAAGCCUCUUUGUGGAAGUUGGACAUCUGGGGCUGCCGUACUAUGGAGCCCUCACGUUUGGCAUCACUUCUUGUGAUCCGGGUACUUUACGAACAAAUGAGCUCCCAGCGGAUCCAGACUUCCUUCUGGAUCGCAAGGAAUACUGGGUGGUUUGCCGAGGUUUCCCAGUCCUCAACAAUGGGGACAUCCUCAGCUUUGUGGUCUUGCCAAAUGGAGAAGUGCACCAUGGAAUAAACGGGAUCAACCGUGGGAUGCUGAUGUGCGUUGAUACCUCGCAGUCACUGUGGGUAUUUUUCACGAUCCAUGGUGUAAUCAAUCAACUCAAAAUAUUAGGCACUGUGCAGUCCAGCCCUGUGACAGUCUCCCCCUCAGGAUCCCCUGGAGGCUCCCAAUAUGACAGUGACUCAGAUAUGGCUUUCAGUGUGAACAGGUCCUCUUCCGCUUCUGAGUCAUCCCUAGUGACUGCUCCAAGUUCACCUCUGAGCCCUCCAGUGUCUCCCGUGUUCCCACCUCCGGAGCCCUCAAGCAGCAAGAAUGGCGAGUGCACCGUUUGCUUUGACAAUGAGGUGGACGUGGUGAUCUACACCUGUGGACACAUGUGCCUCUGCAACACCUGUGGUCUUAAGCUGAAGAAACAACUCAAUGCCUGCUGCCCAAUCUGCCGACGGGUCAUCAAAGACAUUAUUAAAAUCUACCGCCCUUAAACCCCA